GUAAAUCAGCUGUCCGACCAGUCGUUGUAGGUGGCAGCACCGCAUCACGUGAAUUUUCAUGGCGCUGUUGAGGGGCUAGUCCCGAUUUGUCUUGUGAUUUCGUCAAAAAUUUGCUGUUUUGCAAAUUAAAUUGAUAAACAGCAGUAUUUAUUGAGUUCCGGCUGUGAAAAUGACGGAAUACUGGCUCAUCAGUGCCCCGGGCGACAAGACCUGCCAGCAGACCUGGGACACCCUGAAUAAUGCCACCAAGUCUGGCAACCUCAGUGUCAACUACAAAUUCCCUAUCCCGGACCUCAAGGUUGGGACAUUGGAUCAGUUGGUGGGGCUGUCGGACGAUCUCGGCAAACUCGACACAUUUGUCGAGAACAUCACCAGAAAGGUGGCACAAUACCUCGGAGAGGUAUUAGAAGACCAGCGUGACAAACUUCACGAGAACUUGAUGGCAAACAACAGCGACCUGCCCACUUACUUGACACGCUUCCAGUGGGACAUGGCCAAGUAUCCCAUCAAGCAGAGUCUGCGUAACAUUGCUGAUAUUAUCAGUAAACAGGUGGGGCAAAUAGACGCCGACUUGAAGGUGAAGUCGCAGGGCUACAACUCCCUGAAAGGAAACCUACAGAACUUGGAGAAGAAGCAAACUGGCAGCCUGCUAACCCGCAACCUGGCGGACCUGGUGAAGCGCGAGAACUUCAUCCUCGACAGCGAGUAUUUGACCACGCUGCUCGUCAUCGUGCCCAAGGCGUUAUUCAACGACUGGAACGCCAACUACGAGAAGAUAACGGACAUGAUCGUCCCUCGCUCGUCGCAGCUGCUGCAUCAGGAUCAAGACUAUGGAUUGUAUUCCGUCAGCCUGUUUAAGAAGGUGGUAGAAGAGUUCAAGCUGCACGCGCGCGAACGCAAGUUCAUCGUGCGCGAGUUCAACUACAACGAAGCCGAACUGGCAGCCGGGAAGCACGAGAUCACCAAGCUGGUCACCGACAAGAAGAAGCAGUUCGGUCCUUUGGUGCGGUGGCUGAAGGUGAACUUCUCGGAGUGCUUCUGCGCCUGGAUCCACGUCAAGGCGCUGCGCGUCUUCGUUGAGUCUGUGUUAAGAUACGGUCUCCCCGUGAACUUCCAAGCGGCGGUCCUAUCUCCCAGCCGCAAGUCCAUGAAGAAGCUGCGCGACGUGCUGCAGCAGCUGUACGCACAUCUUGAUCAUUCGGCGCAGGGGCAUGGCUCCAGUUCCGACAACGCGGAGCUGGCCGGUCUCGGGUUCGGUUCUUCCGAGUACUUCCCGUACGUGUUCUACAAGAUCAACAUCGACAUGGUGGAGAAGGCUCUGUAGGACGCUGACAGCGGCUUUAGAUAAUACAAAAUGGUGUUCGCAGUUGCCUGGUGCGUCUCGCAGCGGUCCGAUAGUUCGCAAUCAGUUUCAAAUGUACAAUUAUAUUUACCAAUCUUUUAUUGAUCAAGUUAUACACACAAAUGUUUAUAUCUAUAAUUUGCCCCCUUGUAAAUUGUUGCAGAUGUAUUUUUAUGUACAGUUUUACCAUAUUUUCUUUUUAAUUUUGACAAUUGUUUACAUUUAGAUUUUCUCCCUCAAUAUUGUUUUUAGUGGUUGCGUAUUUAUGAAUUAUGUUAUUUUAUUAAUAUUUAAUUACUAAGAUGCCAUUGGAAAGAAUUGUUGAUGUAAAUGCAAUAAUUGUUUUGAGCUUUCUAGCAUGUUUUGCAGUGUGCUUUGGGCAGUAUGUUAACUGCAGAUUAAAAACACAAUAACUUUGUGUUCAGUAUUAAAACAUUGUCAGUUGCUAUUUUGACAUAGAGUAGUGAAUACCAAUCUGUUUGAAACACUGUAUAUUAAAUGUUCAAUAAUAAUUAAAUGAAGUAUAUUGGAAUUUUGAAAAAAAAAGAAACUAUGUAAAUAAGAACAUUCCUCAUUAUAAUUUGUGUAGUACAUAAUAAAAAUAUUAUUCAAGUUACUGUU